CGUAAUUCCGCCUUGCUGGGCGCGCUGUGGAUGAUCUGAAACGUAGAGCACGGCUUUCGGUGGGGCUUCGCGGCUCCGGAGUCCAGCAUGGCCUCCUCACGAGCCUCCUCCGCGGCAACCAAAACUAAGGCAUCUGAUGACUUAGUCGCUCCUGUUGUGAAGAAACCACACAUCUAUUAUGGAAGUUUGGAAGAGAAGGAGAGGGAGCGCCUGGCCAAAGGAGAAUCUGGGAUUUUGGGAAAAGAAGGACUUAAAGCAGGAAUUGAAGCAGGGAACAUUAACAUCACCUCUGGAGAAGUGUUUGAAAUUGAAGAGCACAUCAGUGAGCGACAGGCCGAAGUGUUAGCUGAGUUUGAGAGGAGGAAGCGAGCCCGGCAAAUCAAUGUUUCCACAGAUGACUCAGAGGUCAAGGCUUGCCUUAGGGCCUUGGGGGAACCCAUCACACUUUUUGGAGAGGGUCCUGCUGAAAGAAGAGAAAGGUUAAGAAAUAUCCUUUCAGUGGUCGGUACUGAUGCCUUAAAAAAGACCAAAAAAGAUGAUGAGAAAUCAAAGAAGUCCAAAGAAGAGUAUCAGCAAACCUGGUACCAUGAAGGACCAAACAGCCUGAAGGUUGCUAGACUGUGGAUUGCUAAUUAUUCACUGCCUAGGGCAAUGAAACGCUUGGAAGAGGCCCGUCUUCAUAAAGAGAUUCCUGAGACAACGAGAACCUCCCAGAUGCAAGAGCUGCACAAAUCUCUCCGGUCUUUGAAUAAUUUCUGCAGUCAGAUUGGGGAUGAUCGGCCUAUCUCCUACUGUCACUUUAGUCCCAAUUCCAAAAUGCUGGCCACAGCUUGUUGGAGUGGGCUUUGCAAGCUCUGGUCUGUUCCUGAUUGCAACCUCCUCCAUACUCUUCGAGGCCAUAACACAAACGUGGGAGCAAUUGUAUUCCAUCCAAAAUCCACUGUCUCCUUGGACCAAAAAGAUGUCAAUCUGGCCUCUUGUGCUGCUGAUGGUUCUGUGAAGCUUUGGAGCCUUGACAGUGAUGAACCAGUGGCAGAUAUUGAAGGCCAUACAGUGCGUGUGGCCCGUGUAAUGUGGCAUCCAUCAGGACGUUUCUUAGGUACCACCUGCUAUGACCGUUCAUGGCGCUUAUGGGAUUUGGAGGCUCAAGAGGAAAUCCUGCAUCAGGAAGGCCACAGCAUGGGUGUGUAUGACAUUGCCUUCCAUCAAGAUGGCUCUUUGGCUGGCACUGGGGGACUGGAUGCAUUUGGUCGAGUUUGGGACCUGCGUACAGGACGUUGCAUCAUGUUCCUAGAAGGUCACCUGAAGGAAAUCUAUGGAAUAAAUUUCUCCCCCAAUGGCUACCACGUUGCAACUGGCAGUGGUGACAACACCUGCAAAGUGUGGGACCUUCGACAGCGGCGUUGUGUCUAUACCAUUCCUGCCCACCAGAACUUAGUGACUGGUGUCAAGUUUGAGCCUAUCCAUGGGAAUUUCUUGCUUACUGGUGCCUAUGAUAACACAGCCAAGAUCUGGACCCACCCAGGCUGGUCGCCACUGAAGACUCUGGCUGGCCACGAAGGCAAAGUGAUGGGCCUAGACAUUUCUUCGAACGGGCAGCUUAUAGCCACUUGCUCAUAUGACAGGACCUUCAAGCUCUGGAUGGCUGAAUAGGCAGGACCAUGGAAGAAGGAUUCUAGCCUCACUCUCUUUAGAGCCAUUUUCAAAGGAAAGGAAUUGAUGUGUUUUGUUCUGUCAUGUAUUUUGCUAAUUACCAUGUAUAGAUCCUCAAAAGAAUUGGAUUUCCAUGUCAGCUCCCACUUCAAGCAGGCAGCCCAGUCCCUGGGUGUUGGUGAAGCCCUUUCAUCGUUGAAAUUUUAAUUUUCAUCUUCAAGCCCUGCCAUGAAUUUUGUAGACAUUGUUUUUAUUAAUCUUUUGUUUGAAUGCCCUGUUGCUUCCCUCACAGCACUCCGGAUUGUGACUGACUCCAUUUUUAAUUCUUGAAACUUGGCUUUCCAUUACGUGGUACAUGCUUCAGGACUACAUGUGACCCAGAGAGCAAGGUGGCUGGACUAUAUUCUGGAAGCCCUCGAGUAGAGAGACACACCUCACCAUGCACUGGCUAAACUGUGCCUGACAGAGCAAGAACCCUGAGAACAGAAGGUGAAGAGGUAGACCACAGCUGUGCUCAGGGUUCUGCAGUAGAGAAUAUUUUACCUCUUCCUGUUGAGUUCACUUGGAAUGCUAACUGCAUUGGGAAGGUCAGAACUGAACAUUUUCCUCGUCAGAAGAUGUCUUCCAUUUUGCUUUCAAGUUUGGCAUCCUUAGUGUUACCCAAAAGCUAGGCCAUUGUGUCAAGAUUCAAUGAAAUUUUUAGAAAGCAAA